AUGAAUCGGACUAAAACGGGUCGGAUUGGUAGAAAGCGAGACUUGUCACGCCUGGACGAGUUGUUAUCAACGCGUGCUUAUCUGAAAACUGAUUCAGAGCAGAGAUCUCUGCGCAGAGACGUUAAGUGGUCAAUUGACUAUCCGCAUCCGCGCAGCAAGAUGAGCCGGGCUGAUAGAGACGCGACAGCUGCUGCUCGCAGCGCCGCCGCAAAUUCCUCCAACACAAACGGCAAUGCCUCGGCCAACACUAGCCCGCCGACACAACUGUUUUGUUCUUGCUCUUUGCUUAUUGAGCUCCUUUAA